AUGACUCAGAAUUACUUGACCGGUGCUUGCCUCUGCAAGAACAUAGUAUACCGUAUUAUGUUGCCAUCAGAAUCAUCUCCUGAGGUUAUUAUCUGUCACUGCACCAAUUGCAAACGCUAUACCGGCUCCAGCUUUUCCGCCAAUAUCAUCGUGCCGCAAUCUAGUCUGGAGUACACCAAGGGGUCACCCAAGUUGUACUCAGAUCGUAGCGACAGGGGCGGGCAGGUAUUGCGCGAGUUCUGCCCCGAUUGCGGUACGCCAUUUACAUCACGAUCGAGUGAUGAUAACGAAGUCGUCGCGGUGAAGUCGGGGACACUCGAUGAAGAACACCGUCUUAAGUGUGCGAAGUUGUCAACGGAAAUCUACUAUCAUCGGAAGGAUAAAUGGGUGGAUGAUAUGGGAAAUGAGGAUGUUCAGAAGAUCAAUGACUCAUCCGCUAUAGUGUAUUCGACCCGAAGCGGGAUCCAGUUGUCAGAUGUUUAUACAUCCGAGUUUGACUGGUACAUGGAAGUAUAUGACGGUGAUCCUAAAAAGCUUGGCCGUUGGUAUUCGAUGCACGUAAAAAACCCCCCCAAAGCUUUCUUAAUCCAUGAGAUCUGCUGGUUCCUUUUGGAGCAGCAUUUUGAAGGGGGGGAGAUCGAUUUGGCCAGGCUUUUUGAAAUCUUCAGGGACAUCCCUCCUUCGGGAAGACCAGAACAUGACUCGGCAUAUCACAAUGAGCUGGGUACGCAGGAACGGUUCUACCCUUUAAAACGACCCAUUAUCAAGGGACGUCGAGAUGCCGCGAAACAAUUUCCGACGAUGCCCAAAGAAGCAAAUUGCUCUGGUUCUAAGAGCACCGUUGUGCUUCACCCUGACUCCUUUGGCAUCCUCCCGAUUGAGAUACGAGUCCAAAUCGCAACCUACCUUUCUACUGUCGACUUCCUAAGUCUCCGACAGUCAUCCCGAGCAAUGAUCCUAGAAGCUAUGAAAGCAAAGACUGGCGACUCAUAUACCGCUGUACAGCCAAAAUUGAUCGAUCUCACCAGCACCUCUGGACGAAACGGCGAAGGUGGAGAAAUAACCGAUGGCUAA